UUUAUUUAAAUGUCAAUAAGUAAGAAUAAUUUUGUUUUCAUUUUAUAAUCAUAUACAAUCUUGUUUUCUGGACCUGAGCUCUCUGCACUCUUUUUCUGGCCCUGCCUUAAAUUGUGUUGCCGUUAUAAUGCCGACAAAACAGCAAUCUAUACCAUCAACGCAUGCCCGUACACCUGGACCUCGUGGCCAAGAUACCAAGGACAAUAAUGAACGCUUUUUAAAAGAGGUAUUUGUGGCCACAAAUAAAUAUAGAGCAAUGCAUGGUUGUCCAGCCCUAACAAUCAACAAUGAACUGAAUAAAUUAGCCCAAGAUUGGGCCAAUCAUUUGCGUGAUAAAAAUGCCAUGUCGCAUCGACCAAAUCCCAAAUAUGGCGAGAAUAUCUUUCUAUCAGGUGGCAUGGAUGUAACCGGUGAUUUGCCCGUUGAAAUGUGGUAUCGUGAAAUAAUUAGUUAUAAUUUUGAUAAAUCUGAUUUUACCCCAACUUCGGGACAUUUUACCCAACUGAUAUGGAAGUCGUGCAAAGAAAUGGGUUCUGGUGUGGCUAGAAAGGCUGACAGAACAUGGGUGGUUUGCAAUUAUAAUCCACCUGGCAAUGUGUUGGGUCAGUUCAAAGAAAAUGUGCCAAGAAAAUUAUCAGAAUAAUCAUCUAUGAUUAAAUUUAGAAAUAAAAUUCACUAGGUCCAGAA